AUGCCGCGCCCGCCCAAGAUGCACGCCAGCCGCCACUUGGUUGAGGACUUGCCCAUCUUGGAAGGUAAAAGAUGGACGUCGUAUAGCUUUCACUAUCCCUCGUGCCGACAAGGCCGGCUGAGCUGCAAGCCACUUGGUUUCACCUGCAAUAUCCGUGCCGAGCUGCGGUUCGAGUUAGCUCAGCCCGCUGGGUCCGUCACCUUGCGAGGCAACGUUGGAGGGCAAUGCUGGCCAGGAUCAAAACGCUACCUCGAUAAAUUUGUGCGGGCUGGAAAACCCGUGGCAGGACCGUUGCCGGGUCUCGCGCAGUUGAAAACCUCCCCUCCACUGAACAGUUCCUACAUCAACAUCACCGCAUCAACACCACCGCAUCAACACCACCGCAUCAUCAUGCCUUUUUCUAACAAAGAACGUCUGUACGUGGCGUUGUAUGCUCGUGGUGGCAACCCCACAAUGCCGGGCGGCGAGGAUAACACUAACGACACUUUUCUCGACAGGUACCAUUGGGCCUUGGUUUUAGGCCCAAAGAUGGAACGCUACAACUCUCGCGGGACUCGGUUUCAUGCACAUGAAAAGAUGCAUUUCGCUGAUGGCGAAGCUCGGUCGGUCUGGGAGUUUGAAGAGCGAGAUAUGAGUAUGGCGCCGACUGCGAUGAUACUAGUCCGCAUUUUGAUAGCCAAGGUCAAGGACCGGAACGGCCUCUUGGCAGUCUUGCGAAGCAUACCCAUCCGAGAGUCACAGCCUGGGUGGAACUGCGUAUACUGGGUUCAGGAAGCAAUACAGGCUUUAUAUCGACACCAGGAAUCAGGAUAUGGUAUAUUUGAAAGAUCAGCGUACCAGCUGGAUUGGGACGCAGUUCUUGCAACUGCGCUCUGGUAUGUCAAAGAGAAACAGCUUUCUCAUCGGUUCGAUGGGCAGGCAGCGUCAGGCACAUUCGACCAAUCAAAAGUGGCUACCUGGGAUAUGUUACAAAAGCGCGAGCGUAUCCCUUGA